AUGGCUAGAGGCUGUAGGGUACAAACUUUCCUAAGCAGCUUCCAAUCUGACGCCCUGCAGGCUCGGCCGGAUGCACGUGGUGAGCCACAUGGGAACCCACUGAGCUUCCCUCCCAGGUCCAGAGAAGAAGAGGACCUUCAGCUGGCGAUCGCCCUCUCUGAGUCCGAAGCUCGUGGAUAUCCAGCACCCGCAGCCCUAGCUCAGGCUGCCCCAGCCGUGCCUGGCCCGCAACCGUCUCAUCCCCAAGCAGCAGCGAAAGCAGCUGCCAAGGCGGCAGCGAAGGCAGCACCAGCCUCACCAGCCCCACCAGCUCAACCGCCAGCGCCAGCUCCGAACUUCUCGGACUACAAUUACAUCGCCAGAUGCACCCAGCACUUCGCAGCAGCCAGGGUCCUUGGUGCAGGUGCAUACGGCACAGUUUACCGUGGAGUAGACCCUGACAACGCCGUAGAGUUCGCAGCAAAGCGUUUGGAAUGCCAAGAUGCACAGCAGCGAGAAUACCUGGAAAGGAUGACGACGGCUGAAAUACGGCAGCUUGGACGCACAUUUGAUGAACGACCAGAAAGCUCAGCAGGCUGCGGACGCCGAAGUAGCAUCGUGGCCGGUUUGCUGGUGGCGGUGAGCUUCUUACAUCACCACAAUCCCCAGGGGCCCUGCUAUCACCGGGACAUCAAGCCGGGCAACGUCAUGUUGACCGCAUCGUUUGUGCCGAAACUGGGCGACUGCGGCCUGUCGCGCUUUUUGCCCCAAGACCGACCAGGGCAGAGCCGAAUGACCAUGCAGCUCACACAGGGCGCGGGCCCAGCAGGGACUCCUGGCUUUAUGUGCAAACGAUACGUGGAGACAGGCAAGUUCAACGAGAAGUCGGAGGUCUAUUCCAUCGGUGUCACGAUUUUGCAGCUGAUCACGGGCAAAACGGAGUUUGAUGACGACUUUUCGGAGAUGAUUGAAGAAGCAGAUGAGGAGCAGAUAGCCCAGAACCGCGAUCAGCGGCUACCAGCGACUGGCCCAGAUGAGGAGAUUUUGAAGAAACUCUCGGCCAUGGCAGCUGCCAGUGUGCAGCGCUUCUCCAAGAGGAUUCGACUGAUGCCUUUGCUGCGGCAAGCCCGUGAAGCUGCGAGCAGCGCCGAAUCCGAAGCUUCAGCUUUGAGAGCGGAAGUGGAGGAGAUGGCGGCGGAACUGCGGCGUUUGCGCCUGCAGCAAGUCGCAGAAGCAGAACGCGCAGCCGCUGCCAACAUGACCUGCGAGCUGUGCUUCGACGAAGCCUCUGCAGAGGGCAGCUUGUCAUGUCCCAAUCAGCACUUCGUUUGUGCCGAUUGCAGCCCGCAAAUGGUCACUAGCUUUCUGGAGCGUGUGAGUGCCAGUGACGCCAUGCUGGAAGAUCAUCGCACUAGGGGCGGGCUGGUUCCGUGCGUGCAUGCCAACCCAGCAUUCCAAGACCCAUGCGCGGCUCACUACACGGACCAAGCCUUGGCUAGGGCCCUGCCGGAUGAGGUUUUUGUGGGAUACAGGGCUGCGCAGGAUGCUGUCGCCGAAAACCGUCUUUGGCAACAGUACAACCAGAGGUUUCAAGAGGAGGUCUUGCAUCUGCAGCAGCAGUUGGAACGCCAGCAAGCUGCCCAUCGAGAGGAAGGAGCGUCCGCGGAAUUCCUGAGGCGGCAAUACCCGAACGCACGCAUGUGUCCCCGAUGUCGGUGUGGGCCGGUGAUCAACGAAAACUGCUUCGAUCUCCAAGCCCAUCACAACCAAGCAUCAGGCCGCGGUCGGAUUAGCAACGCGUGCCGGCAGUGUGGCUUUUUCACCCGGUACUGGAAUCAGUGGUUGCCUUGGGAUGGUGUCAUGCGAGGCAACGGGUAG